UGCUGUCAUCUUAGGAUUGUGUCUAUCUGUCUGUCAUCUCUUCACGUUUUCUUAAUUUGUUUACUUCUAAUGUUUAGUUGUUGAACUCAAAUACCGCUCAAUUUUCUUUACUUUUUUUUUAGUAUUAUUUUUUUAUUUUCUUUUAUUUCUUAGUAUUAAAAGCUUCAGAUCAAAAAAAGAAAAACUCAUUGUGUUUUGGAGUUAAGAAAGAAGAAAGAGCAUCAUCAUCAUCAUCAUCAGUUAAAGUUGUUGCAGCAACUGGAUCUACCCUUUGGUUUCUGUUAUGGCUUUUUCUUUCAAUCAAAGACUUUACCUUUGUUCUUCACUUCUCCUAAUCAUGGUUCUCUCUGUUUCUUCUUCACCUUCCACUUUUCUUUCUGAGACCAUUUUCGAUUCUCAGGCGCAUACGGGUCGGAAUCUUCUUCAGGCUAUGAAAGGUUGUUCUGUGAAUUUUGAGUUUUUAAACUACACAAUAAUCACAAGCAAAUGCAAAGGACCCAAGUACCCUCCCAAAGACUGUUGUGGGGCAUUUAAAGAAUUUGCUUGCCCUUAUGCCACUCAGUUAAAUGAUUUAACCACUGAUUGUGCCUCAACCAUGUUUAGUUACAUUAAUCUAUAUGGAAGAUACCCUCCUGGCCUCUUUUCUAGCGAGUGUCGCGAAGGCAAGGAAGGUCUUGCCUGUCCUGCAUUGCCACCAUCGGAGUCAGCCAAAGAUACUACCGGAAAUAAUCAAAUCGUACAUUGUCCAUCUCUGCUGCUGAUGCUCACAGCCUGCUUCUUAAUCUUGUUAUUCUGAUAUUACAAUACCCAACUUUCAUUAUUUUCUUGCAUUAUAUUGAUGUAUAAUCAGCAGGCUUUUUAUGAUACAGCAUGUUCACUAUUGUCUUUGCCGGUUGAUUGUGCUAGAGCUGAGAUCAUUAACAUAUGCUUAAGAUUAGUUUCUAUCCUUUUGUGUUUUACUACUUAAUAUAGUCAACUCUGCUGUAUCUGAGUGUUGUUUACAUAUUGUAAGUUUGCUUGGGAC